GCCUCUCUAGGCGCACUUGCCGUCCUCUCGGUGUCCGCGCGGGGCAGGCGGGAGUGUGGAGCGCCGAGUCUGGCCUGUGUAGGUCCGGUGCUUCCGGACCAAGGUGCCGGAGCAGUUCGAGUAGACCGGGCCGCACGGCUGUUAACCUACCAAAGAAAUUUCUAGACAAAGAAAACAAGGGAAACGUGCUAGACUCAAGGAUGAUGGAUCCAUGUUCAGUUGGAGUCCAGCUUCGGACCACACAAGACUGCCAUAAAACCUUCUAUACUCGGCACACAGGUUUCAAGACUUUGCAGGAACUGUCAUCAAAUGACAUGCUUCUACUUCAGCUUAGGACUGGAAUGACCCUCUCUGGGAAUAAUACAAUUUGUUUUCAUCAUGUAAAAAUUUAUAUUGACAGAUUUGAGGAGUUACAGAAGUCAUGUUGUGACCCGUUUAACAUACACAAAAAGCUAGCCAAAAAGAAUCUGCAUGUAAUUGACUUAGAUGAUGCCACGUUUCUGAGCGCAAAGUUUGGAAGACAGCUGGUACCUGGUUGGAAGCUUUGCCCAAAAUGUACCCAGAUUAUUAAUGGAAGUGUGGAUGUUGAUUCAGAUGAUCGCCAGAGACGGAAACCGGAGUCAGAUGGAAGAACUGCUAAAGCUCUGCGCUCCCUGCAGUUCACAAACCCGGGAAAGCAGACAGAAUUUGCUCCAGAAAGUGGAAAGAGGGAGAAAAGGAAGCUCACCAAGAACUCGAGCGCUGGCUCUGACAGACAAAUUAUUCCAGCAAAGAGUAAAGUCUAUGACAGCCAGGGUCUGCUGAUUUUCAGUGGCAUGGACCUCUGCGACUGCCUUGACGAGGACUGCCUGGGAUGCUUCUACGCCUGCCCCACCUGUGGGUCCACCAAAUGCGGAGCAGAGUGCCGCUGUGACCGCAAGUGGCUGUAUGAGCAAAUAGAGAUUGAAGGAGGAGAAAUAAUCCAUAAUAAACAUGCUGGCAAAGCAUAUGGUCUGUUAUCUCCUUGUCACCCAUAUGAUAUUUUACAAAAGUGAUCACCCAAAUACCUGGCCAGCAAAGAAGUGAGCAGUGAGCAUUGUGGAUGUAAAUUUGGAUCAGUCGUGAAUGGAAUUGUUGACGUCGCUGGUCAUGGGAGUCUUGCUGCCAUUGCUGUUCCGGAGACAGACAUGCCUUGAGGAACCUGAUGCUGGAAGCUGCCCACAUCGCUGAGGAAAGAGGCUGUGGUGAGCAGAAAGAUUGUCCCAGGAAAAGUGAUGGUGAAACCUUCCCAUUCAAGGCUGUUUAUUGUAAAUAGAUAUUUUGCAACACUGGACUGGUCAGAAAAGUUCCUGUUUAGUAUGUUAUUAACAAAACGGACAAAUACUUCAGACUACUUUUGGCAAUAAAAUAAAACUUCAGUUCUGA